ACUAUGGAGCCUGACUCUAUUUGGGAUGAAAAUUUUUUUUUUAUGCCAUCUGAUGAAUUAGAUUAUGAGUUCGAUGAAAAUGAAUUAUUUACAACUGCUGAGCAUAUUCUUCAAGAGACAAUCCAAUGUGAACAUUCUACAGGAGUUUCUAGUUUUAUGCAACCUGAUUCAGAUAGUAAAUUAUCAUUACAUGAUAAAACAUGCUUAGUUCAAGCAGAAGUAGAAGAGAAACCAAUUUUAGAAAACAGACAUGUCUCAAAAGAUUCGUCUGUUAUUAAAAGACAAGACUUCAUAAAUUCAUCACUGUUUAAUUAUCCUCUUAAAAGUGAAAUUAAGAGAAGAGACUCUGAAAAUGAAAUCAACAUCAUAGCUGACAGUAAAUAUAUCAUCGAUGCUAGAAUUUUGUUAGAUACUUACAAUAUGCAAUCUCUCAAUUCAAUGCCUUCCAACUCAAUUCCAAAUGUUAUUGAUAGGAAGCCAAAUUCUACAAAGGAAGUCAUUACAUUGCAAAACCGAAGUCAACAAAUUGAUAAAUGUCAAACCAUUAACAAUACAAAAUCCAGUCAUAACUCUCAUAGUAAAAGGGAAAAACUUGAUAACUUUGUAAUUUCUUAUGUUGAUAAGAAGAGUCAAUUAAUAAAAGAAAAAGAUAUUGUAAAAACUAAUAGUAAAAAGAAGUAUAGUUUCAAUACUCAUAAAGCUAAUUUUAAGAAAAUACAGAUAAAUGAUCUCAAUAAUAAAAAGUGUAAAGAAUGCAGAAAAUUCAAGUCUAAAAUUCAAAAUAAAGGUAAAGAAAGUCCGAAUUUUCUUCCAGGUUCUACUCUUCCUCAUGUUGAUAAAAAAUGUGAUGAACAAAGAUAUUUAUGUUUGAGUAAAGAGCACAAAUUGAAGAAAAGAAACGACAAAGUUGAACAGGAUUUUUUGCCUUCCCAAAAGAAAAUUGGCAAGGAUACUUUCAAUAGCGUUAAAUUUGAAGAAAACAUCGAGUUGAAUAUCGACAAAAAUAAAAUUAUCAUUGAACAGGUUACGCUGAACAAAUCUCAAGUAUCUAAAAAUUCGUUAAAAAUUAAAAAGUCUAAGUUAAAUGAUAAUAGAACAUGCUUGCCGAAAGGUCCUAACAAAGAUGAGUUGCCACUAAAUAGAAAUAAUAUUUUACCCGAAAAACUUGAAAGCGAUAUGAAAAUAGAGCCUUCGCUGGACAAAAACCAGCUUAAUACAGGAAUGAUCCUUAAGAAAUAUCCAAAUGACAUUGUUCUUUGCAAAUCGAAAGAUAUAAUCUUGGAUGUAAAACCAGUUCUAUGUCAGAAUUUUUUACGUCUACCAACAGCACGAGUUAUUUUAAAAAAACUUACUGAAGCAGAUUUGAGAUCUUCAGCGAAUUUACUUAUUUACGUAAAAACUGAAAUAAAUGAAGACGUUUCUCAACAAUUGAGAUUACAAGGUAAAGCCAGAAACAAAGACUUUAUUCAUCGGUAUUGCUGCAAAUGUAAGAGCUUACAAGUCGAUCGUAGUGGUUUAUCUAAGACGAACAACUGCGAGAACUGUGAUUCUCAAUUUAUUUACCUGUGCACGAAAUGUAACGAGAAACAUUAUGUAAGAUACUAUCAUCUUCAACGUCAUUUGAAAAAAUGCCGUGGAUCUGAAAAAACGAAACCGAAAGGGUUGGAAUCUAUUGUACUUCAUCGUUGCAAUCAAUGUACCUUCAAAACUACUCUCGCUAAAAGAAUAGCUUCGCAUAUGAAGAAUACGGGGCAUAAGGCUGACGAUGAAAUUGAUAUUAAUAAAUUGCCGAUAAGUUCAAAAGUUCAAAUUAAACGUGAAGUAUCAAAUAAGCCAAAAAUGUCGUCAAAGACAUCUAAAACAAGGUACAUUGAAUUAAUCAUUAAGCAAAAUAUCGCAAGUGUCGCAAGCAUUACUGAGCGUUAUUGUAUUCAGUGUAAUAAGCCACAAUUGUCAAAUACACGCAAACCUAAGGACUCAUGUUAUCUAUGCAAACAGCAACUACAAUUACGUUGUUUGAGAUGUAAUCUCAAAUACAGCAACUAUCAUAAGAUGCUCUAUCAUCUCCGAUCAAAAUGCCAACCAAAUGAAUAUAAGUGUACGAAGUGCGAUUAUACGAAUACAGUUUUGUCACUUAUGCAACAGCAUGUAACGAAAAACCAUUGUAAUAGAUCAUUAAAGUCAGGUCGAAAAGCUAAAAGUGAGAAGAAACAUCGAGAGAUUUUCAAUUGUACGGUGUGCAGCUUCCAAACGCAUUACCAAUACAAUCUUAUUAGACACAUGAAGAAUAUUCAUAAAAAGUAAAAUUGUAUAUAAUAAGAUAAAAUUACAUUACUUUUUUAUAAAUUAAUACUUUUUACUAAUUGAUAAACUGUUUUGUUUAAGUAAUGUAAAAAA